CACAUGGUUUCGUUCAGAUUACGUCACCAACAAUGUUUUUCACGGUUACUUCAUGUACGUGAAUAACGUACGAUAGUAGCAUAUGCAUGGUGAAUGUAUUUAUUCACACAUAAUAGAAGUAUAGUUGUCGGAAAUGUAUAUCCUAUGCAGUUUGCAGUCAUCUCGUACUUUACCUUUCGGCAGGCAAGAAAGUUUCAUUUUCGCUCAUAUUGGACCAUGGGCGUUUUUUGUGUGUGCAUGUCACAAAACCUGUUAGUACCGUCUUUCUAUUGCCGUAGGUUUGGGAUGUCUUGUUUAUACUAGUUCUAUGAUCAAGAUGUGUGUGUAAGAACAUAUUAUGCUUAUGGAUUAUUGAACUAUGUAUGUUUAUGAUAUUUAUUUAUCAUGACAAUUUAUACAAUCUGUCCCUUUGUUAUAUUUCGUCCGACCAUGGCCUCGCUCUUUUCUCAUGACUUCGUGAUUUUGAAUUGUGUGUCUCUCUGCAUAUUACUAGUAUGUGCAUAUGUUACCUAUCGAAUGUCAAGUGCGUUAUCUUAUCAUUACAUGACAUGCCUACGACACAGUGACAAGGUCAGCCGGCAAGAAGACGAGAAACGUAGUGAAAGAAACAAUUAUCUUAUAACGGAGAAAAGCAGCAAUGUCAGCCACAGGAGAUGCUGCUACUGAAGUGGCCGAACUCAUCAUACAGGAGGUCGCCCCCAUGGUGGUAGACAUACGCUGGGAUCACAUGCAUUUAGAUAACGUAAAGAGAUACACGUUAAACUAUACGCCUUUAGCAAAUGAAAACGCUAAGAGGGAGGAGAAAUCCAUUCCUCCAUCUAACACAGCUGCCACUGUCGACCAACUGGUGCCAGACACAGAGUACUUAUUUGAUCUCUCAGCCGUGGGGACCGAUGAUCAAGUUCACCACGUAGCUUCAAAGAAGUUCACAACAGGCCCAGUCCAGGUCGCAGCUGAUGUCGCUGAUACGCCAGAUACAAAUUGUGGAUCAACAGAGAGCGAUGUUGCAGAAAAGAGCUGUCCGGAUGUGAAAUCUAUAGUGCAAGAGAUUGAAGAGCGAGGCAGUCAUUCGCAAGGAAAUGGCUCAUAUGGGACAAGAGAACAGAAAGGGGCAAGCAAAGACAAAGGGACAAGUCAAAAAAUGAAAGAAAACGACGUCCCCGGGCCGUUGUGUCUUAAAGUGGUUGCGGUAGGAAAGACCAGGAUUGACGUGUCUUGGCAAGCUGGUUACGUUCAGGCUGGUAGUCAUUACAAGGUGACUUACUCCUGCGUCAAAAAAGGACUAGUUUACAAUUCCGUGAGCACCAAGGAGAAGACUGUCACGCGUCCAGGGGCACAUUGUACUAUUUUAGACAGCCUGGAUCCCAACAAGGAGUAUACAGUGUGCUUGUAUCGGGUGAAAGGAAGGACGCAAACGAUUCUUUGCAAGCAAACAGUAACUACAGGGCACACUAUCCCUUCCCCGGAAAGUCUGAGUGCCAGACCAAGAGACUGUACGACGUUGGAAGCAUCUUGGACACGUCCGGCCCAGAUACCGAAAGAACAUGUGAAUGCGUACCUGGUCUCAUGCGUACCAGCGUCAAGUAAAGAUCAGUGGGAAAGAGUAGGAAGCACAACUUAUGUAUUCAAGAAUCUAGAUGGUGGUACAAAACACUCUGUAAAAGUUAAAUGCGUCUGCGUCGAUGAAUCAGUCAGCGAACCUGUAGACACAACGGCGUACACAAAACCAUCCCCUGUGAAGCCCUACCAACCCGAGUGCAGCCAUUCUUCCAUUCGUCUCAACUGGGAGUUUGGGGCCGGAAAGACGCAAAGUGUAGAAGUAACACUCGUGAGUGACCAUCCUACACAGAAGGUAUUUGGCCCCCAAAAGCUGAUCAAAAAGCAAACCACCGUCCUCUUCGAAGGCCUUAGUCCUGGAACCACCUACAAAUAUGAGAUCAAAACGGUCAGCGGUGAUCAAGGGAACAUUUCUGAAGGACACGUGACUACAAUGUUAUGUUCACCUGGAAAUCUCAAGGCAGAACAACAAAGGGCAAAUGCCAUCGAGCUGUCUUGGGCACCACCUACAAAUAUGGACAAAGUAUCGGGCUACAUCGUCACGUACUCUGUGAAAGGUGCGUCUGAAUCAGAGCAGACAAAGGAAAUCUGCCCCGCUAGUGUGACGAGGUGCCAAGUCACCGACCUGUUGGAUGACACAGAGUAUGACGUCAGCAUCAGAUCAUUUGGAGGCACGAAGGACUCCCCCCUCGAAAGUGCAUCGAUUUCUGCCGAUCCGCGACCAAAAACAGUAACAUUCCCAUGUAAGUGA